AUGCAGUUCCGCGCAUCCCUCGUUGCCGCCGCCGGCCUGUUUGCUCUGGCCAAUGCCCGCAUCAUCGGAAUCGCCUUCCCCGAGGCCGUUAAGGCCGGUGACCGUGUCGAUGCCAUCAUCGAGACCGAGGGCUACAUCCAGUCCGUCACGGACGUCGCCAUCGCCUUCGGCAUGGCUCCCAAAAUCUCCGCCUAUCCCGGCACCCUCGGCCAGAAUGUGCUGGGCUCGUUCUACCUCGGACCUGAAAAGUCCAACACUAUCGAGAACAUCACUCAGACUGUAACCGUCCCUUCUGAUCUCGCUGACGGCCAGUAUGUUUUCGCCGCUGGCCUGUACAGCCUGUAUGGCGCCUCGUCGUCCACGACCUUGUCCAACUACAAUGUUACCAUCACCGUUUGCAACGUGACGAGCGAUUCCUAUGUCAGCAGCCGGCAAUAG